AUGCAUUAAGCUAUUCAUAAAAAUUCAACUGGGAACAGUUUCCUAGGUUUUUCAUCCCAGGAUCUACAGUUGCUUAUUUAACACCAUGACAGAAUAGUAAACCCAACAAAUAACGAGUAUUCUAAGCGAAUCGGAUGUUCGAGUGCUGACUUUGAAAUUGUAGAAGAACUAGGAAAAGGUGCUCAUGGAAUAGUUUUCAAAGUAAAAUCAAAGAAAAAUAAUAUGUUCUAUGUGAUGAAAAGAAUAAAUUUCAACAAUUUGAAGCCAAAUUACAAAAAAGAAGCAUUAAGAGAGGUGCAAUUACUAAGAAGACUUGCAAAUCCUCAUAUUAUAAAGUACUAUAAUUCAUUUAUGGAGGACGAAUGUUUAUUUAUUAUCAUGGAAUAUGCAGAAAAAGGAGACUUACAUAAAUUCCUUAAAGCAAAAAGAGAUAAAAAAGAGCAUAUUCCUGAAAGUGACAUCUGGCUCAUGGCAUUUUAGAUUUGUCUAGGUGUAGGUUAUCUGCAUUUUUAGAAAAUAAUACAUAGAGAUCUCAAAUGCAUGAAUAUAUUGUUGUCUGAGGAUGGUACAAUCAAAAUAGGGGAUCUAGGAGUUUCAAAGGUUCAUCAAUCAAACUCAGGAAAUCUUUUUGAUAGUCAACCUAAUUCAUAGUAACAAAAGGCAAGAACUAAAGUUGAUUAAUUUUCAGUACCUAAUGAUGCCAAAAUCGGAAGAGUUGGUACGCCACUUUAUUUAAGUCCAGAGGUUGUUAGAUAAAUGCCUUAUGACUAUAAAGUAGAUACUUGGGCUGUGGGAUGCUGUUUAUUUCAUUUAGCAGCACUUGAACCUCCUUUUCUAGGCGAGAACAUAUAAGUACUUGGAGCUAAAAUCAUCAAUGAGCAACCUAAAAAGCUACCAUCUGAGUAUAGUGAAAAAUUAUAAAACUUUGUAGUCAAUAUCUUGCUAUAAAAAGAUCCCAAUGGAAGACCUUAUAUAAAUUAGAUCCUGAGAAAGCCUAAUAAAUAUUUUGCGGAGGAGAUUAUUCCUAACUCUCAAAAUAAAAGGAUCAUCAUCUAAGGAGAGCCAAAGAAUUAAAUUCCAACUAAUGAGAGCACAAGACCUAAGACUUCAUAAGUAAAGAAGUUGUAUUAAAAAAUAACAAGCGUUUAAAAAUAAUAAUAGUAGGAUCAUUAAGAGACUUUGAGACAUGGAAAUAUCAGUGCUAAUAACAAUGAUUAUAGCGAAUCCUCUGCAUUUUAAUUCAAUACACCGAGAUAAGAAUAGUAUAAACCGAGAAUUCAAUAAGUGCAAAGCUAAAAUGUGGAAUAUGAGGCCCCCUCUUCCUAAAGAAAUUCAUCAUACGUUAACCAGAACAUACAUAGAUACUCUAGUGGAGCUAUUGGUGAUCAAAGUAAAGACAGCUAAAAUGAUAUCACAUUUUAAUAGCAGCAAUAACAUUUCCAAGAUUAUAAUUAAAAAAGAACUCUACUUCAAAGUUCUUAAAAUGCAAGAAGAUAGGCUUCUUAAGCAAACAAUUCUUCAAGAAAGAUUAUACCUGGUGUAAGUUCACUUAGAGAUCCCAAUAAGGCAAAUGAGUCAUAGCUAAAUAACAUUUAUCACAGUAAAACUGAAUAAAACUUUUAUUAGCAUAUGAAUAAUCAAUAGAACUAGGUCUAAAAUUAAUGUGAUAUAUCCCACUCUACUAAUAAUAGAACUACAUUUAGAGUGUUGACACAGAUGACUUCAACCAAUUCCAAAGCCUAAGUUAGGCCAAUACAGCAAUCAAACACUUUUAAUGAAAAAGAGAAGGAAGCGACAAUUUUGCCAGAAGUAUCUUCAAAAAGGUAUCUAUACUCAGAUGAGAAAAAAAAGACUCCAUAAUAAAUGACAAAUGAUAAGAGAGCAUCAGUGGCUCCUGUAUAGAGCAAAUUACUUGAUGCAAUUAAUUCUCAAAAUCUUUAUCCUCAUUAAUAAUUUGAGGAUAGAUCAAUUGAAAGAUAAAAUGAAUCUGAUAAAGUUCCUCUAAAUCCUAUGAGACAAACUAUUUGGGGAGGUUUUCAAAACUAGGCAUUUAAAACUGCGACUAAUGGAUUCUAAAAUGCAUCAUAAAACUUUGCAACUGUCACAAACUCAAUGAAGCUGGGUAGAAACCAGAUACCUAUCACAACCAAUCAUUAAUAAACAAAAAGCGCUUAAACUAAUGUUGGCAUGUAGUCUAAUGGUUUUAGUAGAUACAGCAAACCGUCGAUGCAAGGACUAUAAAACAUCAAUGGUAGCUAAAUCAACCUCGAUCCAUAGUAAUAGUAACUAUCAUAAAAUUAAAUAUAAAGACCCUUCUCUCUAAUGGAAGUGGACCGCAGGGAAAUAUUAUCCCAGCUUUUUUGA